ACUUUCGAUGAAUUUUUAACGAAUUAUUUCAACUCGAUGCUUGAAAGGUCAUAACGCUUAGUUCUGGAUUUAUUAUUAAAAAAUGGAGACAAUUAAUGAGAAGAAGACAAUUCAAGAUCUUCCAGAGGAAAUCAUUGAAAAAAUUCUAAAAAGUGUAGAAUCAUUAAAAGCUGCUGCACUUACAUGCAAAAGAUGGAACGAAAUCUCCUCAAAAAUGUGUUGGAAAUUAAAGUUGAAAUUCGAAAACAAGAUGAAAGAAGAGCCAUGGGUUGACGUCCUCUUAAAAAGUAACAGAAAUUUCAUGUCAAUUUGGUGUGAUGGAUAUAUUGAGACUAAAAACAUUCGAUUGAUGAAAAUUUUUGAAAAACAUGGCGGCAAACUUCAGAAAUUAGUUAUGUAUUGUGGAAAAUUUCACGAUUUCAAAAUAUUCUGUGAUGCAUUGAGUUUUAUGCCAAAUUUAAAAGAAGUCACCUUUAUGUUUUCAAAGUUUGAAGGUAGAUUCGCAAACAAUUUCUCCGAAGAUUAUUUGCCUCAUCUUCAAAAACUGGAAACGUUAAACUUAGCAGGAAGUGAUUUUGAAUUAAUGAAGUAUUUCAAUAAAACCCAAAUCAAUUCAUUUGAAAUCGUGGAAUACGGCAAAGAACAAAGUAUGGAGCUUCCUUUGGAAUUUCUGACUAAUCGAAAUAAUUUAAAAAGUCUUAAAUUAAAAUCAUUCAACAAUUCUGGAUGGCUCAUUUCAAAAUUCUUCAAAAUUUCCUUUGCUAUUGAAAAUAUCCCAUUUAAAUUGAAGGAACUUUCAUUAGAUUUUAAAGAAAAAGAAACGCUCAAUGACUCUAAUAUUCUGAAGUUUCUAGAAUUUCAUUCGGAUACGGUUGAAAAGUUGGGAGUUGGUUGCAAAUUGCCCGAUUUCGUCUUUGAAUUCAUUUUUGCAAAAUUCAAAAGACUUACUUCAUUGACAUUCUUUGGUGAAGGACUUCCCAAUGAUCUGCCUCUAUAUGAGCGACUUUAUAUCAACACAAGUAUUAAAAUAAUCAGUUUUUCUGUAUAUGCAAUGUCAGAAAUAUCAAUAAAUGCUCUAAAAGAAUUCUUCAAGCACGUUCCUAAUGUUGAAAAGUUGAGAAUAUUAGAAAAUUGUCAAGAAAAUCUUUCUAAUGUCAAAUGUCUUCGAUUGUAUGAUGAGAAUUUUGAUGAUGACGAAAUUUGGUAUGAUAUUUAG